GCCGGGCUAGUCCCGCAGCCGCCGGCUCGCCCGCGUCUUGCUGCGUCCCCGCGUCCGGACGCUCGCCGGUGCUCCCCGCGCAGCUAUGGCUCAGCACUUCUCCCUGGCCGCCUGCGACGUGGUCGGCUUCGACCUGGACCACACUCUGUGUCGGUACAACCUGCCCGAGAGCGCCCGGCUCAUUUAUAAUAGCUUUGCUGAGUUCCUGGUCAAGGAGAAAGGGUAUGACAAGGAAUUGCUCACUGUGACUCCAGAGGAUUGGGAUUUCUGUUGCAAGGGCUUGGCAUUGGAUCUGGAAGACGGGAACUUCAUUAAACUUGCAGAUAAUGGCUCCGUGCUCAGGGCCAGCCACGGCACGCGGAUGAUGGCCCCGGAGGCGCUGGCGGAGGAGUACGGCCGGAGGGAGUGGAGGCACUUCCCGGCGGAGGCGGCCGUGGCCUGCCGGUCAGGAAAAUAUUAUUUUUAUGAUAACUACUUUGACCUGCCUGGAGCUCUUCUAUGUGCCAGAGUGGUGGACUCCUUAACAAAGCACAACGGUCAAAAACCAUUUGAUUUUUGGAAGGAUAUAGUUGCUGGUAUACAAUAUAAUUAUAAAAUGUCAGCUUUUAAGGAAAAUUGUGGAAUAUAUUUUCCAGAAAUAAAAAGAGAUCCAGGCAGAUAUUUACGCACUUGUCCAGAAUCUGUUAAAAAGUGGCUUCAACAGCUAAAGAACGCUGGGAAAAUUCUUAUGUUAAUUACCAGUUCUCACAGUGAUUACUGUAGACUCCUCUGUGAAUAUAUCCUUGGGAAUGAUUUUGAAGAUCUUUUUGACAUUGUGAUUACAAAUGCAUUGAAGCCUGGUUUCUUCUCACAUUCACCAAGUCAGAGGCCUUUCCGGACACUCGAGAAUGACGAGGAGCAGGAGGCACUGCCAUCUCUGGAUAAACCUGGCUGGUACUCCCAAGGGAACGCUGUCCACCUAUAUGAACUUCUGAAGAAAAUGACUGGCAAACCUGAACCUAAGGUUGUUUACUUUGGUGAUAGCAUGCAUUCAGAUAUUUUCCCAGCCCGUCAUUACAGUAACUGGGAGACGGUCCUCAUCCUGGAAGAGCUCAGUGGGGACAGAGAAGGGAAGCCUGAGGAAUCAGAGCCUCUGGAGAAAAAGGGAAAGUAUGAGGGACCGAAGGCAAAAGCUCUAAAUACAUUAUCUAAAAAAUGGGGCUCUUUUUUUAUUGAUUCGGUUUCUGGACUGGAAAAUACGGAAGACUCCUUGGUUUAUACGUGGUCUUGUAAGAGGAUCAGUACUUACAGCACUAUUGUGAUUCCAAGCAUUGAAGCAAUAGCAGAAUUACCUCUGGACUACAAAUUUACAAGGUUCUCUUCAAACAAUUCAAAAACAGCUGGCUAUUACCCAAACCCUCCAUUGGUCUUAUCAAGUGAUGGGAUGCUGACAACCAAAUAAACUAACUUUACUGAAAAAUGAAGUGAAGAACCAUAUAUGCAGCAAAUGUACUGAAAAACUGUUAAUUUUCAAAAAAAAAUACUGUAAAAUGCUUUAUAGGAACAAAUUCAUAAUGAAAAGUGACCAAGAAAUUGAUGUUUUUCUAUAGGGCCCCUUUCUAGAUGGAUCACCUUGAUACCCAACAACUCUCAUUAUAUUAAAACCUCUAAAUCUUAGAACUGAAAAGAACCUUAUUAAUAUUUUCUAUACCAGUAGUUCUGAGGUUAGAAUCACCUGGGGAUAUACGUACACGUAUCGUAACAGGUACACAUACAUAUUCACACAUUUGCCUAGACCAGUGAUUCUCAAAGUGUGGUCCCCAAACCACUAUCAUAGCAGCACCUGCGAACUUGCUAGAAAUGCAAAUUUGCAGGCCCCAUCCCAGACCUGCAGAAUCAGAAACUCUGAAUGGGACCCAGCAAUCUGUGUUUAAUAAUAGUGUCAUUCACACUGAAGUUUAAGAACCACUGGCUAGACCAGAACCUCUGGACAUUGGUUUAAUUGGUCUGGGGGUACAGAUGAGCACUGACAUCUUUAGUUAUGUCCCAGAAAAAAAUGCAGCCAGAAUUGGGAAUAACUGAUCCUACAUCUGUUCUUUCAGUUUAUGGUUAAGAACACCAAGUCUAGUGAGAGCAAAUUAUUUUUCCAAACUAUCAGAUUUUAUGCUACUUUUGUGGUUUGCAAAACAAGGAAAUAGACAUGAUGUCUUCUGAGACUACACAGCCAUAAUGAGAUAGGGAUGUUUGAAGAAGCCACGUAUUUCAACCUCCAGUGUUACCCAUUAGGGUUUUUUCCCUCCCUAAUAAUAUUAAAGGCUGUUCAUUUUUAUUCACUUUAAGGCAUGUAUUCUCAGUAGGACAAAAAUUGGUUUUUGGAGUGAAAAAAAAAUCUUAAGAUCGUGGCCCUCCACAUCUCAACUCAGUAAAAUCUUAUUCUUCAGUAUUAAAUUUCUCUCAUUAGGGAGAAAUGUAAUUUAAAGCUAAAUUUGUUAAAUCUCUCUCUUAGGGUAGGGGGGUGAUAAUGAAAAAACGAGAUUGAAAAAAAUUGCUUUCAGGGGUUUUGUAGUUAUACUACCCUCCAGAAUUAUUGUGUUCUUAUGUGUUAUGUAUAGUCAGUCAUAUUAAUAGUUAUUUGCUUCAAGAUGUUUGGAGCCAGAUAAUGUUUACAAUAUAAAUUCCUGGCUAUACUUUAUGCUGUAAUUGCACUCUGUUAAUCACUAACAGUAUCAGAAAACACACUGGUCACUUUCAUUUUACUUGGAUUGUAGCAGAGAAUUUAGCAUAUUGAUGGAUGCAAUGAAAAGAUAAAUGUUUUGUUAUAUUUUUAAAUGUUCAAAUAAUCCCAAAUACAUUGUGGGGAUGAGUAACUCAGGGUAGGUAAACAGUUACUGAAUUGUUUUUUCCUCAAAGUCAGUAGCUUUCCUUGAUAUCUACUGGUAAACGUUAAUGUAUUUGAAAUUGAAUUCCAAAAUCUCAUUGGAAUAUGACAAGGAGCAUAUACAAUCAAGCUUAGGGCUAAAUGUAAGAUGCGUUUCAUGUAUACUUUCAGUAGACAUUUGAUUUCUUUUAAAAAUAAAGUAUUUUUUCCUUA